AUUGAAACAAACUAAAAUCACAACCUUUCAUUGCUCUAUCUCUCAAAAAAAAAAUAAUGAAACUUCAACUCCAUUUUCAACAAUCUAAUCUUCCAUUACUCAUUCAACUCAAGCACAAAUCACCCAUUAAAAAUCCAAGAUUCCCAUAUGGGAAAAGAGAAAUUAACCAGUUAGCUUCAGAAAAAAGAAGCAUAGUGAAACCAUUAUCUCUAGAAAUUUUGCCCAAAUUUAAGAAAUUAUCAAGAAGUGAAAUUUCCAAGGAAAGAUCAAAUCUUUUGGUGUUGGGAUCUGUUUCUGUUGGUGUAGUGUUGUUUUUAAUGGGUUUUGAUGAUAAAAAUCAGGCAUUAGCUUUGGGUCCUGAAGGUCCAUUAAUGGAGGAAUUUUGGGAUAAUAUGAGAAGAUAUGGUCUUUAUGCAUUGACAGUUAGUACUGGUGUUCUUUGGGCUGUUUUUCAGCCUAUUUAUGAACUUUUGAAGAACCCCAUUUCUGCAAUUUUGAUUUUGACUAUUAUGGGUGGCAGUGUUUAUAUUGUUUCUCAAGUGGUGUCUGCUAUGGUUGGUGUUACUGAUUUUAGUUAUGAUUAUAACUAUUAGAUUUCAAUUAUAUUCAUGUAUAAAGAGGAAUUUUCGUUGGUGGACACGGUUAUCUGAUAUGGUGUGAGGUAGUUGCUAUCGCGUUGAAUUAGUAAAGUUGCGCGAAAACUAGUUCCUUUAAUGUUUUAUGCUUUAAUUCAGUUAGUAAUAUAUUUCCUUUCAACUUA